AGUUUUCUUCAUAACCACACUCUCUUUUUUUCUCUUACCUUCAUCUCUCUCCAUUCACAGGAACUCCAACAAUUUGGCCUUCAUCUUUUGAGAAGAAAUGCAGAGUGGCAAAUUAUUUGUUGGAGGGAUUUCUUGGGACACAAAUGAGGAUAGGCUCAGAGAAUAUUUUCAAGCUUUUGGUGAUGUAGUUGAAGCUGUGAUCAUGAAAGAUCGAACCACAGGCCGUGCCCGUGGUUUUGGCUUUGUUGUCUUUGCAGACCCUUCGAUUGCUGAAAAAGUUGUUAAGGAAAAACACAUGAUUGAUGGUAGAACUGUAGAGGCAAAAAAAGCCGUUCCUAGGGACGAUCAACAUGUUAAUAGAACCAACGGAAGCAUACAGGGUUCUCCUGGUCCUGUUCGCACCAAAAAGAUUUUUGUCGGAGGGUUAGCAUCCUCAGUCACCGAGACUGACUUCAAGAAGUACUUUGACCAAUUCGGGACGAUCACAGAUGUUGUGGUGAUGUAUGAUCAGAACACACAAAGGCCUAGAGGUUUUGGAUUCAUCACCUAUGAAUCAGAGGAGGCAGUUGAUAAAGUACUAUACAAAAAAUUUCAUGAACUUAAUGGUAAAAUGGUUGAGGUCAAGCAUGCUGUUCCAAAAGAGUUAUCGCCCGGGCCAAUCCAAAGCCAAUUAGGUAGAUAUAACAAUGGUGUGAACAGGGUAAACAAUUUCCUAAAUGCAUAUCCUCAAGGUUACAGUCCGAGCUCGAUGGGAAGCUAUGGAGUCGGAAUGGAAGGUCGAUAUAGUCCAACUCCUGUUGGUCGCAAUGGAUACUCUUCGUUGACUCCAGCUGACUAUAAUAUGGGAGAAAGAAUAGAUCACUCCAGAUUGAGCUCAAGCUUUGGAGGAAGUGGAAAUUUCAAUUCUAUUCUUGGUUAUGGACGUAACUUAAGUUCCUUUCAUGACGAGAAUUCAAACAGACACAAUGUUCCUGCGGGGUAUGCACCUGGAAGAGCUGGAAAUGGUUCUGUGUUGAAUUCAACAGGUCAGAACAUGUGGGAGAAUGAGAGUCUUUAUUAUGGUACGGACUAUGCAAAUACUACUGAAUUUGUUGGUUUUGGAAGCGGGAAUACAGGAUUAUCUGGUGCUUUUGGAGGUCGUGGUACAAUAUGGGGUUCCUCUCCAAUUUCAGGCCAAGGUGGACAUAGAGGUUCUUUUGGCGGUGAUAACAUCACUUUUAGCAAUGGAGAAACCAGAUUUGACGGUGGGGCAGGGUAUGGACAAAAUGCAAGAAGCAAUGCUGAUGCUAAAUCAUCAUAUGCUCCAAUACAAGGUGUUCAUGCCAAGGCUUUUGGUGAUAUUUAUGGGCCAGUAAGUGGUUCGAUUUAUGAGGACUCUACUUGGCGCGCAUCAUCUCCAGAGCUAGACAGCUCCGAAGCUCUUACUUAUGGACUCAGGAGUGCAGACUCCCUCGACUAUGUUGGUGGUUAUAGUUUUGAAAAUGCAUCAACUAGAGGUAUUGCUGCCUAGGAAGAUUAAUGUAUGGAAGUUUGGAUAUCGAUUGUUUAAUAUAGGUGGAAAAUACAGCAUGGCCAAAGUAUAGAUUGUUAAUUACUCAUAUUCCUUACUUCAGGCUAAAGGUACAUUCACUUAGAGCUAAUUCAAUACCUACUCUAGAACUUAUCUCAACGACUGCUUACAAUGGAAGGGACUUUCUUAUAUGGUUUGAACAUAGAGUUACUUUAAUAUAGGCCUUCAUUUUCUUGCUUCUUUUCUACGUUGGCAUUUGAUUGAGACGUAAAGUUGGAUAGCGGAAUAUACUUAAGAUCUAUGUUGCUAGGACUCUCCGAUAAUGUCGCCGGACGCCUGUCAGAUUCUUCAAAAGCAGUGUAUUUUUGAAGAAUUCGAUACGGGUGCGGCAGUAUUUUGGAGAGUCCGCGUAACAUAGCUUAAGAUAAUUGUAUGUUGAAUAUCGGGUGAAACAAUGAGACUUGAUGCAAAAUGUUCAUUUUCUUGUUGGGAUUC